AUGCUGCCCGUGAUUGUGCCCGUGAUCAUACCCGCGUGCUGCCCGUAUUUUGCCCGUGUUCUGCCCGUGAUCCUGACCGUGAUUCUGCCCGUGAUUCUGCCCGUGUUGUCGCCCGUGAUUCUGCCCGUGAUUCUGCCAGUGAUCCUGCCCGUGUUGCUGCCCGUUCCCGUGCCAUACUGCCCGUGCCCACCCGUGUCUCCUGUUGCUGCCCGUGUUCUACCCGCGCCCAGUGUCCCCCGUUUUGCCCGUGCUGCCUGUUUUGCCCGUGCUGCCCCGUUGUGCCCGUGUUGCCCCGUUCAGCCCGUGUCCUGCCCCGUUCGGCCCGUGUUGCCCCGUUCAGCCCGUGUACUGCCCCGUUCUGCCCGUGUUGCCCCAUUCAGCCCCCCGUGUCCUGCCCCGUUCAGCCCGUGUCCUGCCCCGUUCUGCCCGUUUGUGCCCUACCCGUGCUGUCCGUACCCAUUGGUGCCCCACCCGUGCUGUCAGUUCACGCUUGUGCCCCACCCGGUCUGUGCUGCCCGGUCUCGUGCUGCUCGUCACCCCCGUGCGGCCCAUCCCGUACAGCACCUAGUUGCUACCCGAACCCGCUACCCGUACCCGUGCUCCUCACACACCGUGCACCAGCUGCGGGGCGUUCAACCGCAGCCGGGCACCUGUUCCACCGCGGUGGUUCAGGUGUACCCCUUCAAGGGGGGCUCUGCACAUGGUUAUGCACUUCAGGCAGAUAGGGGCGCGAACGAGAUGGAUCGAUACGAGCUGCGCUGGGGUAGGGCGUAUAGCCGACGGGAGGAGGAACGGGAGCGCCGAGAGCCGUCACGAGAGCGUGGGCGAUCCAUGGAGCGAUCGCCGCGCCAUCCCGCCUUCCGCGCCGAUCGGGUCCCUGUCGUGAGGGACGGCCGAGUAGCUGAUGCGCGAACGAAUGACGAAGGACACACCGAACGCGCGGAUCGAGAUGCGUGGCUCCAGGAGAGCGGACGCGGACCUAGCACGGAGGGCGGAAACCACCGCGGCGGAAGGGUGUUCCGCUCCCCGGAGGAGCGCGGACGACGUCGCGACGAGAGAGGGCGGUGGCUGGCGUUCGGCGAGCAGUCUCGCGGACAAGGAGGGAGCGUCGGCAGCGUCGCUCGCGGAGAGAACUCGCCGCACAAUGCGGUUCGAGAAGAGACGCCGGAGCAGGGCGUGGAGGACAAGGAAGAAGGAUCGGAACGGUCAGACGAGGAGGCAGGGAUAGAAGGGGCGAAUGAGGCGCGAACAGGAGGAACGGGCGAUGCGGAAACCGAGCCGGCGGAGGCGCAAACGGAGACGAGCCCGGUGGCGGUCGCGGAAUUAGAGGCUCCGCCACCGGGAUCGCGCGGUCGAGACGAUCCCUACGAGGAAGGGCGGCGCACGGAGAGCUCCGGACGGCAGGAGCUGGGCGGGCCAGAGAUGAGCCAUCGAGCGUGGCAGGCGCCAAAUUCGCGUGGCAAGGGAAAGGAGGAGCGGUCCCGCUCGGCGGAGAGGGAGCGGCGCCUCGGGGGAGGGCGCGUGGGCGAGUUCCACCCGCGCGGCAAGCGCCAGGAGCAGGGAGAGUGGAGCGGCGGCGCUCCGCAUUCGGCAGGACGGCAGCAGCCGCGCGGGGAGAGGUGGCGAGAGACGGAAACAGCGCCGCCGAAGUGGCACGGUCAGCAGCAAGGGGGACGCAGCAGCACCAUACGCUCGCCAGGCCGGACUAGGCAGAGGGAGCGGAGAGACAGCAGCUGGUUCCGCUCGCCGGACGGACAACACACGCGCAGGGAGAAGUACGCGGGGGAGCGGUCACCGUGGCGUCAGCCGCGCACUUGGAGUGAGCACCUGGACGCCUGGUCACCAUUGCCAGAGAGGCGGCCGCGGCGUGAGAUGAGCAGAUGGGAGGAGCGGGAGGUGUACGGACCGCCGACGGUGUAG